AUGACAUCUGCAAGCAGACAAAGAUAUGCCGUGCAGCUUGAAAACAAUGGUGUUGUUCAAAAUGAUGAAUUCAUCGCCAGCUCAGAUGUCACCUACAUUGAUCAAGCCGGUUGUUAUAUAUCCAAUCUCAUGGGCCAAACGGCGGUUGUUAACAGGUUCAAGAAAACCACGGAACAGCGCAUUGUGGAACGAUUCCCAAAUCUGUUCCUGACAAGAAACCAGCUGCAGCAGCGCGUCAACCUUACCACCCGGUACACACCAGUGAACAGCUAUGUCAGGGGGGCUGAUAAUUGUAGACUCAAUUGUCUAAACGAAACUACAGCAAGAUUUGGAAAACAAAGUUCUGGUUAUAUCUGGCACCACGCAUGCUGUCAAACACAGAUAUUCUAUCGAGCCGAAGAUACCCUGACUAAUAUAUUUGGUCACGUCAAGAGGAUAGCCCAGUUUAAGGAUCACAAACAGUAUUUCAAGAGGGAGGUAUGCAGGCACGUUCUCAACUUCGGAUAUGGCGUGUGUUCACAGAAUGUGGAAUACGUGACGGCAGUAACCGUUGACGGCGACGACGGCGACAUGGGAGAUAUAUCAGACGAGCUUCACCACGACGAGGACAAAUAUCAAAUCGACUGGGUCAGGGUUAACGGAAGCUGCAAAUGCCUGAACAGAGGUCGUCAUUUCAAUGACCCAAAUGAAUUCAGUGGCUGAAUACUAUUGUAGUUAUAUUUAUCCCAGUUAGUAACUAUAUUUGAAACUGUCGCUAUUUAUGAAGAAUUCAGGCCCUAGUUUCAGGCCCUAGUUUCACUGAUUCCCGGUGAUCUGUUCUGGACGGUAAUCGAGACUAUGAGUAUUCUAGUUCACCUUCAUAUUUGUGAAACCAAUGAAUAAUGUUCCUAUUGUGUAAAAGAGGAAACGAUGAUUCUGAAGGUUAUGAAUUAUAAUGUUGUAGUUUGCUCAAUAAAUUACACACAGAUGUAAAGUAACUGUCAUUUGAAUAUAUUCUGAAACCGUUUUGUUGCAUCACAAAUCAUCAAUUAACAUCAAGUCACCAAUUGCAUCCCAACGAAAAACUGUUGUUGGUGUUAGUUAAUAUAUAGUUUUUACUUACUUCCAACAUGGAGACAAUAUUCCAUUGUUCACUUGUCCACAUGGUAAUGUAUAGGGUGGUAAACACCAGUCCACCAGUGGUUGUUUCUUGAACGCUUUCAAGCUAAAUUUUGUAAAUUUGUUGGCUCCAAAUCUACCAAUGUUGCUGUAUUGGGCGAAUGUGGUCGUUAUGGUAUUGACGUAGAUACAUAUGUCAGAUGUAUAAGAUACUGGUUCAAACUUCUUUAUAUGUCUCAAAACAGGUACCCCAAACAGUGUUAUAGUAUGUUAGUAGGUUUAGAUGCAGCUGGAAGGGAAACUUGGGUUACUCAUAUUAAGCAUCAAUUGUAUUCUCUAGGUUUUGGAAUAGUUUGGCAAUGCCAAGGUGUUGGUGAUGUGGGAUGCUUUAU